UUGGAACCCCGCCUGUUCGGGGGCGGGGCUGAGUCGAAAGGGUGGGGCCGCGCUCCGUCGGGGCGGGGCUUGUGGAACCUCGAAACCCCGGUGACUCGGGGCCUAAGCGCGCGUCUCCCGGCGCGGGGUUCCUCCCACGCAGACUCCCAUUCAAACGAUGCCGAAGGGGCGGCGCGGCAGCCGCAGCCACGGCCCCACCAUGAGCCAGCAGUCGGCUCCGCCCCUCUAUUUCCCCUCCCUCUACGACCGCGGCAUCUCCUCGUCCCCGCUCAGCGACUUCAACAUCUGGAAGAAGCUCUUCGUGCCCCUGAAGACGGGCGGGGCGCCGGUGGGCGGGGCCGCGGGGGCCAGGUCCCUGCCCCAGGCGCCCCCUGUUCCGGCGCCCCCGCCACCACCCGGCCUGGUUCCCCUCAGCGAGCGCCCCGGGCCCCCGCCCUGGCCCUCUGGCCUGGCAGCCAUCCCCUACGAGCCUCUGCGCUUCUUCUACUCGCCGCCGCCGGGGCCCGAGGUGGCUGUCUCACCUCUGGCCGCCCACUCCUCGACCCCCAGGCUCGCUUCUGCCUCCCACCCCGAGGAGCUGUGCGAGCUGGAGAUCCGGAUUAAGGAGCUGGAGCUGCUCACCAUCACUGGGGACGGCUUCGACUCCCAGCGCUAUAAAUUCCUGAAGGCGCUAAAAGAUGAAAAGUUACAAGGACUGAAGCCCAGGCAACCUGGAAAGAAGUCGGCUUCUCUCUCCUGAGCAGCUGCGAACCCAAGCUUGGGCAGCCACCUCCUUAGGUGUUAGUGCUUAGAUAAUGUGUCCCAUUUGUUGUCAUUUCAAAGAUGGUUAUUUUCUGUUCUGUAUUUACUGCUGUUCUUGUUGCUAUCAGCAUGUAUUUCACAUACAGCACCUAAUUUCCAUGGUAAA